CGAUCAAAAAUCAAGUGCGUUAAUACGGGAAAGGCACCCUGUCGAAAAUGUCAAAGAAGCGGCAUUGCAGACUGCAAUCUGAGCAGGCCUCAAAGUAAGACUCCUAGGAAGACCAUUCGUCGAGUCCAGAGAGCGGAUCCUCCUGCAUCCAAUCCCCAACCUAUUACUGGACAUGAGUUCGCUAGAUCCGCCCAGCCAGUACAACAUUCGGAAGUCUCUGGACAUUCACCACGUCAUGCCACCAUACAUGGCGAAGAUAGGGUCCAUGUUGACAGCCACAUUGCAAGCCUGUCGCCGAAUCUUGUUCUGAAAGUUUUGAAUAUCUUCACGAACAAGUUUCCCGAACUUGGAAUUCUACAUCUUCCUAGUUUCAUGCAAGAGUUCCAGACAUCAUGUCAUAAUGAUACCAAAACCCUACUUGCAGCUAUCCUAUCGGUGACUCAGUGCUAUUACUCUCAGUCUGGCUUCACUGGCCUGGAUAAUUUGCUAUCGAGAGAACAAUAUGCGUCCUAUUCCCGGGAAAUGCUGUCGCAGAGUUCAUUUCAAGCCCCGAAGCUUCAAGUCGCCCAAGCUCUUCUUGUCAUGGGACUUUUUGAAUGGGGGUCCCGCGAAUUCCAUCGAGCGUGGAUCUACUGUGGAAUCGCAAUUCGAAUCAUGCAGGCGAUCAAUAGCCUACAGAUUGCUCCUUAUCCAGCUGACCCACUAUCUUCCGGCAGUCAGGAUACAAGCCAAGACGCCAUUACCACAGCAGUUCAGAAUCGGACUAUGUGGGCCUGCUUUAUCAUGGAACGGUUGAUCAGUUCUGGAACCUAUAAUCCGCCAAUGCUUCCUCUAUCCGAGAUGGAAAAGAUCAAGGUGCUACGUCCAUUCUCUGCUGUCGAAUUUGCAUUUGGCACAGAUUCGGCUUCACAAAGGAGCAGCAUGGAGCAAAGUCUAGCCACUCUGCCCAACAGAAAUUCGAAUCUCUUGGAUAUCACUCAGGCUUUCGAGGUCUUGGUGGCAGGAUUUGACAUUUGGACACAUGUUAUGACGUUUGUGCUCAAUGAUGGACGUCGAGCGCCGGAAAUGUGUGCACCCAGAAAUUGUCCUUGGGUGCCUGGGUCACCUUGGUCAAAUACCCGGAGCCGCCUAGAGGCAUGGCGCGCAAAUCAACAUCACAGACUUCACUACCCUGAAAAUUCCGUCGUGGCUCACAUAGCUCUAGCCUAUGGGGAGUCGUUCACAUACAUUAAUUUGAUAUAUUACCUAAGUACCCUUAUGCUUCAUCGUGAAUAUUUCCCUUUUCUGCCAACGUCAGAGACCAUCCCCAGGGGUCCAGUGGAUCACCCUCAACUUCAGGCAGAAGCGCCGCCUGGGUGGUGGGAUGCAAGCGCCCUCGAAAUGUUUAAUGCAUCUGAACAUAUUGCCAGAAUCCUGCACGAGUCUUCCGAGUGUGGCGCUGAGAUGCUAACGCCAUUCGUCGGAUUCUGCGCCUUUUCUGCUGCAUACAUGAACCUAUAUGUCUCUCAUUUCCCUCAGAUGAAUUUGGGCCGCAGUCCCCGGGCAGAAGAAAAUUUGAACUACUGCCUUACAUAUCUUGAAGGGUUCCGGAAAGAAUGGAAGCUUGGUGAAAGCUGGAUGACCACCAUCAAGCAUGCAUCUCUCCUUUACCAACGAGCCAGUUCUGACAGAGCACGGUACCAAGGAAAAUCCAGAAAGGACUUUGAUAUCUUGCAUCAAUCGAUCCAUGAAUUCCGGGUGGUGGACAGAUCACAUCAAUACAUUCAAGAAAUUGAAGGCGCGGAGCGUGGGACAGGCCUAUCGACAUCUGAAGAUACCCCGGCGACGAAUCCCGCGUCGGAAUCACUUGAUCUUGACGCCCCGCUUAAUGAUUUGCUGAACGAGGUCAGUACAUAUGCUCAUGAACAAGGCAUGUGGUCUCAUUGGUGGCCAUCCUUGGAAGAGAUGAAUCUUGCACUGUUUUCUGAUAAUGUAUCAUGA